UUUUUUUUUAUAAUUUUCUUUUUCCCAAAAAAGGCCCUUAACCUAAUCCGAUCCCUUUUAGCUCCCAGAAUUCGCUCGAUUUCUGCCACAAGGCGUCCGAUUAUUCGGACAUCAGCAUCGUUUCGAUCGAGAUCCGAAGGCUUCCUGAACCCUAUCACAGGCCAUCGGCUUCUGUUGUCGUUUGUGUCGUUAAGUGCGAAAGUCUAGGUCUUCCUUCUUAUUGUUGCUUUGUCGACGGAUCUCGUUGAAGAGGCAUAUACUCCAUGCAAAAUCACCAGUUUGAUGAUAUGGAUGAAAUGGUGGAAAAUCAUGAAAUGGGAGAUGGAGAAGAUAUGUAUGAAGAAUUCUAUGGUGGAGCGCUAGGCAAUUCAGACUCUGAUGGCGAAGAUUAUGACCCGUUGAAUGAAAGAGAAAUUGAUAUUUCCUCUGCUCAAGCAAGGAAAGGAAAAGAUAUCCAAGGAAUUCCAUGGGGUACGCUAAACAUCACACGUGAGAGCUACAGACGAACCAGGCUGGAACAAUACAAAAACUAUGAGAAUGUACAAAAUUCUGGGGAAGCAUCAGAAAAGGAAUGCAAAUCAACCCAAAAAGGUGGCAUGUAUUACGAGUUUCAGAGAAAUACAAGAUCUGUCAAAUCAACAAUCCUUCAUUUCCAGUUGAGAAAUUUGGUAUGGGCUACAUCAAAGCAUGACGUCUACCUAAUGUCACAUGAUGCUGUGCUUCAUUGGUCUGCUCUAAAUGGCAAGGAAUAUGAAGUUAUCAAUGUCUCGGGGCACAUAGCUCCUUUUGAGAAACACCCUGGAAGUUUGUUGGAAGGAUUUUCACAUACUCAAGUUAGUACACUAGCUGUGAAAGAUAAUAUGCUUGUAGCAGGAGGAUUCCAAGGAGAACUUAUAUGUAAGUUUUUAGAUCGGGAAGGAAUUAGCUUUUGCUGCAGAACAACAUACGAUGACAAUGCAAUUACUAAUGCCCUGGAAAUUUUUGAAAGUUGUAGUGGGGCUGUUCACUUCAUGUCUUCUAAUAAUGACUCCGGAGUACGAGAUUUUGACAUGGAGAAGUUUCAACUUUGCAGCCAUUUCAGCUUUCCAUGGCCUGUGAACCAUGCAUCUAUUAGUCCUGAUGGAAAGCUUCUUGUCAUUGUUGGAGAUGAUCCUGACGGCAUGUUGGUUGAUUCUCACACAGGAAAGACUGUACAUACCUUGAAAGGUCACCGUGACUACUCCUUUGCAUCGGCAUGGAAUCCCGAUGGCUGCACAUUUGCCACUGGCAACCAGGACAAGACUUGCCGCAUUUGGGACACCAGGAACCUCUCCAGUUCCGUGACUGCAUUGAGAGGCAAUCUAGGCGCUAUCCGGUCGGUCCGAUUCACAUCCGAUGGCCAAUUUUUGGCAAUGGCAGAACCUGCGGAUUUUGUUCAUAUCUACGAGGUGGGAACUGGGUACAACAAACAUCAGGAGCUAGAUUUCUUUGGUGAAAUCUCGGGCAUGUCUUUCAGUCCUGACACAGAAGCACUUUUUGUUGGUGUAUUUGAUAGAACUUAUGGUAGCCUCUUGCAGUACAGCCGCACACGAAACUACUCUUACCUUGAUGCAAUGCUGUGACUUCUGAGUAGCAAACAUGCAUAAUUAGUAUGACCAUCUGUUCUGGGCGAUGGUGCUAAUGGCUUUGCUGUUCUUCAUGCCCGUGAGUCAAACAGAUGUUGCUCUUUUCUUUGAAACAGUGUGUUUUGUCAGAGUCCAAGUCUUGUUUUAAGUAAUUCCAGUGCGUGGUUGACUUGGGAAUGUUUAGAUAGGAAUUUUACUUUUCAUUCUUGCUGAUGUUUUUGUUUGUCUAGUUGACAUUUAGGUGAGAAAUUAUAGUGCUUUGGCCUCUAUAAAUGUAAAAAAGUUGUUGAUUCUCCAAUACUGUGUUAGUGUAAAAAAGUGAAAUCUUGUGCAAUGAAAUAGUUCGUGUCGCAUAA